UAUUUAUAUUAAAAUGAUCCGCCCACGUUAUGAAAGCCAAAAGGACCAUCCCUUGCAGACAGAUGUGGCCUGUUUCUUAAUGGUCAUUGAAGUUCAGAGGUUACUGGAUGAAAACACUUAAUUGAAGGUGGAAAUGCAAGAGAUCUUGGCACGACAACUUGACAGAGCCAAUUAUGAACAAUAGAUUAAGGAUCUGAUGGAACGUCUUCGUUAACUGCAAGGGUAUGUUGGAAUUGUAAUCAGGUUAGUUUGGUAGCAGAUCUUACAAAGGAAAAUAAGUAGCUCAAAUAACGAUAAGCUGAUUAAGAUGCUGAACUAGCAGACUUAAAAUAAUUUGUUGAAGAAAAUAACCUGGAGGAGAAAUAGGAAUAGCAAGAAGCAGCUGCCAAAGAAUUAGACGAUCUCAAAGAUUAAUUAGAAAGAGAUCAAAAAGAUAGGGUAUGAUAUGUGCUUAUUGAAUAGGAUGAUCAAAAGGCUUUUUAUGAAGGUUUACUUGCAGAUAAAGAUGAUUUGAUAGCUGAACUCAGAAGACAAUUAAAAGAUGCUGAUGAGAAAUUCAAUAAUUAUCGUAGAGAAAAGGAGUAGAUUAUCAAGGAAAAAGAUUAUGAUAUCAAGAACAAGGAGAGAGAGAUCAAGGACUUACUAAGGAGAUUAGCUGAAUUCGAGGCAAAAUUAUAAGGUAAAAGACCUGAUGAAAUUCAGCGAGAUAUGGAUAGAUUAAAAAAGGAAUUAGCUGAUAAAGACAAGGAGAUUGAUAAAUUAAAAAAGAAAUUAGGAGAUCUAGAAGCUUAAUUGGCUCUAUUGAAACAAUAAUUGCAGGAUGCUAAAGAUAAACUCAAAGAUGCUUUAUCUCAAUUGGCAGAAGCAAAGAAUUAGGCAACUUAGGCAGCCAAAGACAAUGAUGCUAAAAAUCAAAGGAGAAUCAGGGAACUAGAAUAAUUGGUUGAGUAAUUGAAGGCUGAAAUUGACAGAUUAAACGCUUUGAUAGAUAAAUUGAAUUAAGAUGUUGCAUCUGGAAUUGAAAGAGAAAAAUAAUUGAAUGAUAAUUUACAAAGUAAUCUCAAUAUUCUAAAUUAGAAUAACUAAGUGAUAACGGGUCAGUUUCGGCAGCCAGAUAAAAUAGAUAAGCCAAAUAAGCAGAGCAAGCUUAAUAGUAAUUAACCUAGGCUGCCUAGAAGUUAAAGGAUACUGAAAAGGAUAACAAUGAACUCAAAAAGAAAUCAAAUGAGUUGGAUAGAUAAUUAGAAGAAGCUAAAAAACUAAUUAAAUAAUUAUAAGAUGAAAUUGCUGCCUUAAAGGAAAAAUUAUUAUUGGCUCAGACUGAAAAUGACGAUCUCAGAAAUUAAUUAAAUGACUUAUAAGAUUAGCUGACUGAGGCUUAGUUGGAUAAGGAUUAUCUCUAAAAAUCACUUAAAGAUUAAGAAGAUGAACUCAACAGAGUUAAUGAUUAAAUAUAAGAUUUAAAUAAUGAAAAAGAAUAAGCACAAGCUGCUGUUUUGGAGGCAAAAUCAUAACUUCAGAAUUUAGAAGACGAAAAAGCUUAAGAAGAUGCUGAUAAAGAAAAAGAUUAAGAUAGAUUAAAUGAGUUGGAAGAUAAGAUAGCUGAUCUUGAAGAUUAAAUCGACGACUUAGAGAAAACAAGGAAUCGUUUGCUUAAUCAAAUUCAAGAUUUAAUAGAUAAGCUGCAUGAUGAAAGAGAAUUGUGUGAAUAUUAUCAUAAACUCUGUUCUGAUUAAGAACACUAAAAUAAAUUAUUAUAAGAUUAAGAAAAUAAAUUAAAGGAGUAAGUAGAAAAAUUGAAUAAUGAUAUUGAACAGAUGGAAGAAGAUCAUGAUGAAGCAUAGAAGAGACUCAUAGAAUUGGCUUCGGAAUAAGAGGCCCUUAAGGAGUUAGCUGCUUCUAAUUAAGAUAAUGUGAUUGACAAAGAGGCUUAUGACAACUUAUUGAAUUAGUUGGAUGAGAAAAAUAAAGAAAUUGAAGAUCUAAACGAAUUAUUAAGAAGAUACGAAUAAUAAUUCAAAAUGUUAAGAGCUGAAUUGGCCAGAGUGAAUUUAGCUUAAUUAAAGGAAAAGAAAACUAAAUAAGAUACUGAGGCCUUGUUAACCAAAAUCAUGAUUAUGUAGGCUGAAAAUGAUCGUUUAUAAUAGGCUGCCAAAUAAUUAUCAUCACAAGUUGCUUAACCUGAAGGAUUGAAAAAGGCUGGAAGUUAGAUUAAUGAUACUCCUUAAGGAAAACUAGAAUCCUUGCAAAAGGAAAAUCUCAAACUUGAAGACCAAGUUAGUGAGUAUGAAAAUAAGAUUGCUUUGUUGACUAUGGAGUUGAAGAGGUUGAAAGACUCAAAGUAAUUGCAUAUUUGUAAUAAUCUUUUAGGCCUGAGAUUCUCCCGAUCAAAUCCAAUGGUAGCAACGAGCAACAACUCUAAUUACAAGUUCAAUAAUUAUAACAACAAGUGUAAUAAUUAUAGAACGGAGGACUAUUGUAAUCAAAUGGAUAGCCUAUAUCGAAAGAGGAUAGAAGACUAUCUGAUUUGUUAUGCCUGGUGACAAUCAUGGCUGCUGAAAUCGAGAACCUUAGAACUCUCGUUGCCUCGCAUUGAGAUGAAUAAAUAUAAGAUAC